AUGAAAUGUACAGUUUUGCCAAUAUUCUACAAUGUGGAUCCAUCUGAUGUGCGCAAGCAGACUGGUGAGUUUGGAAAAAAAUUUGCCAAGUCAAAAUCUAAAUAUGCUGAGAAGGUGGAGGGUUGGAAAUUAGCUCUUAUAAAAGCAGGCAACAAAUCUGGAUGGGAUGCGAGAGAUAGGGAUAUUCCUACUCUUAUUGAUGAAAUUGCAAUCUAUAUCUUGAAAAAACUGAGUCGUACGUUCCCCAAAAGAGCUAAAGGCCUAGUUGGAAUGGAUUCCAGAAUAGAGGAAAUGAAAUCAAAAUUACAUCUGGGGUUGGAUGAUGUUCGCAUAGUUGGAAUAUGGGGAAUGGGAGGAAUUGAAACAUUCGGUCUUCAACAUUUACAGGAACAGCUUCUUUCCAAACUGUUAAAGGAAGAUAUCCAGACAAUAAGAAACCUGGGUGGAAAUUUUGAUGCAAUAAGGGAAAGGUUACAGUAUAUGCGUGUCCUUAUUGUUCUUGAUGGUGUGGAUAAUGGCGAAGAGAUGGAAGCCUUAGCAGCGGACCAUGACUGGUUUGGUCCUGGUAGUAGGAUUAUUAUAACAACUACAGAUCGCAACUUACUACUUGCACAUGGAGUGGAUGAAAUUUAUGAGCCUAAAGGUCUAAACCAUAAUGAAUCACAUUCUUUGUUCACUCAAUAUGCCGUCAAGAAUAGCUAUCCUGUAGAUAAAUUCAUUAAAUUCAUGGAGCUCUCACGCCUUAUGGUGAAGUAUGCUGAAGGUGUUCCUUUAGCUCUGAAGGUUCUUGGUUCCUUUUUAGCUCCCAAGAAUGAAACUGAAUGGCAAAGUGAAUUGCUUAAACUUGAAAAAUAUCCGAAUAUAAAGAUCCAACAAGUGCUGAAGAUCAGUUAUGAUGGGCUUGAUGAUCCGCAAAAAUAUACAUUUCUUGAUAUUGCAUGUUUUUUUAACGGGGAGGAUAAAUCUUAUGUGGUGAAAGUAUUAGAAGGCUGUGGAUUCCAUGCAGAUGGUAGUCUGAAGGCUCUCGUUGAUAAAUGUCUGAUUACCAUUUUAGAUAAUAAGAUAUGGAUGAAUGGUUUACUGCAAAAAAUGGCUCUCGUUGAUAAAUGUCUGAUUACCAUUUUAGAUAAUAAGAUAUGGAUGAAUGGUUUACUGCAAAAAAUGGGGCGGGAUAUUGUUCGUCAAGAGUCUCCAACAAAGCCCGGUGAACGCAGCAGAUUGUGGGAUCACGGAGAUGUGUACCGAGUGUUGGAAGAAAAUGCGGCGACAGACAAUAUUGAGGGUAUGAUCCUGGAUUUGUCUAAAGUAGACAAUUUAGUUAUUGAUACCGAAGUCUUCUGGAGGAUGAAGCGCGUUGACCAUUCUGGGGGUUUUGAAUACCUAACCCAAAAUUCAAGAACAUAUGCUAUAAGGCCACCCAAAAAGUCUCGUGCAAUUCUUUAUGGAGAUUUUUCAAAAUUGUCUAAUGACUUGCGGUGCUUGUACUGGCAUGGAUGCCCCCAAAAUUUGCCAUCAAAAUUUUAUCCAGUGAACCUUGUUGAACUCAAUAUGUCAUACAGCAGCAUAACAAAGCUUCCAACAGAAAGGAAGGUAUUGUUGUCAGGUAUUUUCAUUUUGGUCUAUAUGAUGUGUUUCGACAAUUUGAGGUUCAUCAAACUCAGUCAUUUGAGGUUCAUCAAACUCAGUCACUGUCAGAAACUCACUAUGACACCAGAUUUUUAUGGGGUCCAAAAGCUUGAGAUACUUAUUCUCGAAGGGUGCAAAAGUUUAAUACAGGUUCAUCCGUCUCUGGGUUCUCUCAAAAGCCUCAGAUUAUUAAAUCUGAAAGACUGCUCACUUCUUCAGUCCUUUCCAAGUGAACUUCGCACAAUAUCUCUGGAGAUUCUCAUACUCUCUGGAUGCUCACUGCUUAAUAAAUUUCCUGAGAUUAAGGAUAAUAUGGAAAUCUUGUCAGAGCUUUUUCUAGAUGACACUGCUAUACAAGCACUACCUUCAUCUAUUGAAAAGCUUACGGGUCUUGUUCUUCUGAGUGCCAAGAAUUGUAAAUAUCUUUGGGAUCUUCCAACAAGCAUUGGACAUUUAAAGCAUCUGAAGAGUACUUAUUUUUCAGGAUGCCCCAAUCAUUACACAUUGCUAAAGGAGCUACAAUGCCUGGAGAACUUGGAAGAACUUUAUCUAGAUAAAGUGACAAUAAAAAAUCCACCACUCCCUAUCUGCUCUUUUACGAAGCUUAAAGUACUUUCAUUUCGUGAAUGUGAGAAUUUUCCAUUUGUAAACACAGAACAGAGUCUGCCAGAAGAAAAUAGAGAGAAUUUGUCACCAUAUUUUUAUGGCAGUUUAUCCUGUUUAACAAGUCUUGAUCUCAGCUACUGCAAUUUGACAGAAGUAUCAAUCCCUAAAGAAUUUGGCCUGUUAGAGUCUUUGAAGGAAUUAAAUCUGAGUGGAAACUACUUUUACACAUUACCCAACCUGAGUGGAUAA